AUGGGCACUGAGGCACUGCCCCGACGGACACCUGCUCCUGCUUGGCUCCCCACUGCCAAAGGUGAGGAGGGGGACUUCUGCCUGCGGUCAUCGGACUGUGCAGCUGGGCUGUGCUGCGCCCGUCACUUCUGGUCCAAAAUCUGCAAGCCAGUGCUGCGGGAAGGGCAGGUGUGUACCCGGCACCGGCGGAAAGGCACCCACGGCCUGGAGAUCUUCCAGCGGUGCCAGUGUGCCGAAGGCCUGGCGUGCCGCCUCCAGCGAGAGCAUGGCCCUGCCGACGCUUCCCGCCUGCACACCUGCCAGCGUCACUGA